AUGCCCAUCUACUCGACCCAAAUCGUCCGCCUGGACGGUCUGAUGCUGGCUGCCUCCAUCGAGAACUCUCCACACGAUGACACCAUCUCGAACCUGAAGAACCAACAGCGAACGCUCGUUCGCAAGAUGAACAACACCUCUGAACCACGAGCUGCCAUUGAGUCGGGCGAAUACAAACUUCACUACUAUCGUCACGAAGACCUUAUCUUCUUCGCCAUCACCGAACGUUCUUUCCCCAAGGAGCUUGCCGCCAUGUAUCUUGACGACGUCUCGGCAGAGUUCUUGAGCACCCACAGAGAUACCGAAUACCGUUCGCCUGCAUUGCGCCCGUACGCCUUCAACGACUUCGACACCUUCAUGCAGCGCACGAAAAAGUCAUACGAGAAUCCGAGAGCCUCCAACAACCUCGACAAGGUGCAAGCUCAACUCAAAGAGACGACUCAGAUCAUGUCCAAGAACCUGGAAGACUUGCUCUACCGUGGUGACAGCCUGGAUAGAAUGGGUCAGAUGAGUUCCGAUCUGAGGGAAUCCAGCAAAAAGUACAAGCGUGCCGCUGUGAGAAUUAACUGGGAGUUGCUAUUGAAGCAGUACGGUCCCUUUGCCGCUCUCGGCGCCAUCAUCUUGUUCUUCAUCAUCUGGCGCUUUUGGUAA